AGCCAUAUUGUUUUAGCUAGACGUAGGAACUUACGAUUUUUAGUGGGACGGUAAACAAUACUGCGCAAUUUUUAUUUUUUUGGUUUAUAUUAAUUAUAUUAGUCAUUAACAAUGUUUUAGCAUUAAAAUCGGAGAUGAUCAAAAAUGGAUACGCUAUAAUUUACUUUUAAAUACCUAGUAUUAAAAGUGCAUUAUGGAAUCUUUGUUUACUAUAUUGUUUUGCUUGCAUAUGGUUAAAAAUUCUGUUUCCCUUGAUCAGUCAAACUUACGUUACCAAUUAUGUGAAAACAAUACAAAAUUAUCGCGCAGUUGUACUACCCAGAUACUAGGCACCGGUCAUUCAGACAAUGAAACUUGUAAAGUGGAGUAUAUUGCACCAAAUAGCUCGAGUUGCAGUGAGUUUCGACCCAUUGAUGAUACAAACAAUGCACAAAUUGGUGGUGUCAGUUUGAGUCCCUAUAUCCUGCCAGUGGAGCAUCAUGAUGAUCACUCUUUCUAUUCUGUUAAUUAUACAGUUCUCAACAUUACAUUUAGGAAUAUCAAGUGGAAAACCAUGAAGUUUCGCUUUCAAAAAUACAAUAAUAUCCAGGAGAGUCACUGUAGGAAUAUAGUAAUAUCUAAUGAUGUGAAGAUAAAUGAUGAAUCAGUGCUGUAUUAUGAUUGUUAUUGGUCGCUUACUGAUGCAAACUACAAUGGACAGGGUCUGAUGCUUGACUUUGAGGCUUCUGAUGAUGUGAUUGUUAACAGAGGACAAUAUUUGUUUAAUAUUCCAUCUGCUCAGAUGCUUAGUCCUACAAUUAGUGCAAAAGACUGGAAGCCAUUUAUAUAUGUUGAGAUAUUUAAAUCCUCUAUGACACUCCACAUCAUGCCACCCCCGAGUCAUCUCACAAUUACAACAUACCAAGUAGAUGUGAUGAAGAUGUGUGGUAAUACAAGUAAAUGCCAUAAUGUUGUCAAAACGAAAAUGAUUGAGCUGAAGAACACCUCCGAGGAGGUGACUUAUGACCACAGUCUACUGAUUCAAUCAGGAUCUUACUAUUUUGUAGUAACACCAAUAGAUGACAAAUGUAAAACAGGUGUCUAUGCAUGCCAGUAUGUGGAGAGCCCCCGGAUGUAUAUAAACCCUGAUGAUAGUGAACCAUUAACCACACAAAUAUGCAUUGCAAGUUUAGCAGCAAUUAUUCUAAGCAUUGUUUUUGUUUAUUAUGUUGCUUUGGUAAUUGUGAGGAGGUAUUGGUGCAGAGAAUUUGGACAUGAACUAAUUCCACCACCAAGAAUUCUUAUUGUAUAUCCAACUGCAAACAGGCUUCAUGCAGAAUGUGUGGCGUCUUUAGUCUCGUAUCUCCGAGCUGAGUAUGGAUUCGAUAUUUCAUAUGAUGGAGAUAUCAAAAAUACCUCUCAUGGAGACCCAUAUGUGUGGGCCGAGGAAGCAUUCCAGUUGGCUACCCACUUAGUGUAUAUAGUGGGGCCAGCUGAAAACACUAAUCUAUACAACAACAUUUAUGAUAAGCCAAUUAUUACCGCUCACAAAGAUGUUGAUAAUGUAAUACUGUCCCGGCUGCGUCAGUCCAGAGGUAAACGUGUUCGAAAGGAAGUCAUGAAUAUUUUCUUUGAACACUCUGAUGGUGAAAUACCAAUAGAAACGAAGCAGGAUAAACACUUCUUCCUAAUAAAAGAUUGGCAAAAGUUCAUAAAUCAUUUAUCUAAGAAUUUGCCACCUAAGACACAGAUUAUGCGAACUGAGAAGGGCAAGUGCUUUUUGGAGGAUUUGUCGAGAGCCAAGAAAUUGUUGAGCAAUUGUAGGGGCGAGCAUGUUGUUAAAUUUGAUAAAGGUUGCUAUGAAAAGAAGACCGUUGUGUGAAAUAUUGUGGAGUAAAGUAUGGGCAUUCUGUCACACCGGCACAGUUGUGUGCUGGGAGGAACAAAUAAUGGUUGUCACCCUUUUGAUGGCGAAAUAUAUUAUCUACGCGAUAACAAACUAGGCUACUCUCUUCAAAAUCUAUAUUUGUUCAUAGACAUGGGCUCAGUGAUAAAAAGAGUCAAUAUACUCGUAUACUAUGUUCUAUAUAUGAAAUUUGUUGUUUAUGGUAAAAAUAGUUUGUAUACAUUUAGAUUUUUAUAAUUAAAUUUAUCAUUGUCAAUAACUGUGAGAUCUAUGCUUUAAAUAGAAUUUUUUACAAAUAAUAUCAUUGUAGUUUACAGUAACUAAGUGUUCUACACAGUCAGCAGUACUUUUUCAUUAAGAUUUUGCUAUAAAGGAUGUAAAGUUAUAAAAUAAAUUUUCAAAUUAUAUUUACAAAAAUAUUUUUCCAGUAAAGAAUAUUAAUUCUUGCCCAUCCACCAAAAAGAACUUGUCAUAAUAUGAUAAAUGUGUUCAAGACUUAUGCAGUCAACUACAUAUCUAUUCUUUAGAAGUGUUUAGCUAUAUUCUCAGCAUAUACUAUUUAAGGAAAUUUGUUAUUACUUUAUCUUUCCUUAAAUUUUUAACAUUAUAUAAUUCGUUAAAUUUUUUAAUAACUAUCCGCACUAAUGACUAUAUGAUCAAGAGUUGAAGAAAAAAAUAGAAAAAUUGAGUGGCUGUUAGAUUGCGGGACAAUCUAAUCUACAUUACUGAUAUACAUUAAUAAAAUUUUUGUAAAAGUAAUAUUUUUCUAUGAACUAUGGUUAAAGCAUCUGUUAAAAAUGUCCGUUACCCUUUGGUAUUUACAAUAAUGUGUAGUAAUUUUAUUCUUGGUCAUAAUUGUGACUGUAUUUAUUUGAUAAUUACAUAUUAUUAAAAUAAAAGUUAACAUUGAGCUGUCCUGGAGUAUAUUUGUAAACUUUAUGUAUUUUCUUCGUGAGUUCGUUAAUAAUAUAAUAAUUGUUGAUCUCAGAACUGUUGAUGUUUCGUGUGACGUGUUCUCUUGUUAUACAGGACUUCAGCUCAAUAGGUAUAUUAUACUUGUCAUGUAUUUUUGUAUUAAAUGUUAAAAUAUUA